GCCGCUGACAGCUGUUGUGUUGUGAUGGCUCAUUUUUGCGUUAAAAAGUGAGCUCCAAUUGGAUUAAAAAUAAAAAACAAAUUUGGGCCAUCCCGCAGAACCUAUGGCACUUUCAGCUGCAUCAAGUCGUUCGUGAGCAAGAUCUCUCCCUACGAUCCACGCGAAGGCUUCUCUACUACAAGACAUCCCGAUAAGCCCUCAAUUACCGGGACAGGACUGAAAUUCGUGUUGCACAUCAAGGAACUGCUACUGCAGCUGUUCGCCAAAGCAUUCCGACAUGGACUCUACUGCCACACGUACUGUUAGCUUUGUGUACAACUACAAGGACCAUGAAAACAAAGACUGCGCAGUCCAGCUGGACAUCAAAUUCCCCUUCGACCAGGAGAACCUGGAGGAGUGUCUGACGCAGCUGCUCAACCAAAUGGAUCCCAUGAUGCGGUAUCUGGACGAGAACAUUAAUUUGGAGCAGCAGCUGCAGGACUUUGUGGACACUGAGCACCAAAAGUUCCUGGACGACUACGCCGAAAAGCUGAUCGCACAGGCGGCCAACGACGAGCUCGACUUGGAGGCCAUUGUGCGGGAUACAGAGCGGCUGUACAAGGACGAGCUGCUGCAGUUUGCAGAUCGUGUGGGCCCCAGGGACGAGGAUAUAUUUGCGCAGAGUUUCCAUCGCCUGGUGCACUCCUCGUCGCUGGAGGAAAUCCUCAAGCGAGAACGAGUCUACGCCAAAGUCAUAGCCGGAAUGACGGAGCACAUGGACAGUGAGGUGGAGACGCUCAAUACUAGCCAGCAGCAGGAGAUGGACAGCCAGAUCAAUCAGCUGGACAUAACCACCACCUCGGAGGACAUCAACAAUCUGCUGGCCCAGCAGUACACCACCCAGAACUUUGUCCGCAAGCGCUACGAGUCGGAGCUGGAGGCCAAGAUGGGUCACCAGAAGAACGAGUACCGCGACUGGAUCACGAGUCAAGUGAGCCAAAUGUUUCAGGUCUCGCCGGUGGCCACGCCGCUGGGCAAUCGCUCCUCCAUGUUCGUUUCGCAACAGCCGUCGAUGGAGGAGAGCUUCACCAUACAUCUGGGCUCCCAGCUGAAACACAUGCACAACAUUCGCAUUCUCAGUGCCAACGUGACGGAGCUCUGCAGUCCCCUGCAUGCCGAGGAGAGCUUGAAUGGCCUAAACAUGGCCCUGGGCCUCUACUCCAGCUCCCUGUGCGGUGUCGUGGUGCUGACGCCGUCUAUUCAGGCAGAGGCCAACAAGAAUAUCAUCAAAAAUGCCAACAGGUCGACAGAGUUUCACUUUGAGCAGAUCGACGUUCAGAUGGAGAAGAUCGAGAAGCAGAUCCGCACCCUUAGCACCACCGAUUCGAGCGGCACUCCGAGCACUGCCAGCAGCAACGGCAGUGCCGAGGGCAGCGUCACACCCUCGCCCACCAAAAAGCAUGUGCCCCGACUGAAAACGGGAGACUUCUUCAUCACCAGACACUCGAAUUUGUCUCAAUCCCAUGUCAUAUUCCAUCUGAUCUCGGACGAGCCCAUCAACAGUCCGAGUGAGAUCAACUCGCGUCAUCCGGUGAUUUUGGGCCUGAGGAACAUCCUGAAGACGGCCAGCAGACAUGACAUCACCACGCUGACGAUUCCGGCUCUGUUGCGCCACGAGAUGAGCGAGGACAUGACCGUGCAGUGGUGCAUCAGGCGGGCGGAGCUGGUCUUCAAAUGCGCCAAAGGAUUCAUGAUUGAAUCAGCGUCCUGGGGCGGUGCAGAGCUAAGCACUUUGCAAUUGCUACUGCCGGAUGAUAUAUCGGAGAGCCUGUUUACCACGCUGGCUGGUAUGGUGCCCAGCGUUUUUCACGUGGCCAAUCCGAAGAUUCUGGUGGACACCAGCAAGUAGUAGACUGGACUGCUGGCUGCUGACUGCUGUGUGCGAGUGCAUUCCUGAAAGAACGUUUGAACUUAUAAGAAAGACUACUCUAAUUUAAUUGUAUGAAUAUACAGUUUAUUCAGAUUCAGAGUUAUAUAUGUAUAUAUAUGUAUAUGUAUACGUAUAUAUGCUUCGGUAUUCGUCGCCACGCUCAAAAAGUUGUUUGUUUCUUUACUCGUAAAUUUAACACACACCCAGAAGUUUUGUGUAAAUGUUCCUGUAUCAAUUUUUGUCAAUAAUUUAUCGCAACCUUUUGUUUUCGUUCCAAACUACAACACUACUGCUCGUACAAUGUAUAAGUACAUAUGCAUAUACUAUAUAUAAGUAUAUAUGUAUGUAGUUAUAUGUUAGGUAUAUGUAGGUAUCGUGUGUACAUUACUUCCAAAUGUAAAUGGGUUUAUCUUUGGUUUUUGAGACCCCUUCUCCACUCUCUCCACUCCUCUCUCAUGCAUUUACUGCCAGUGUGUGUGUGUGUGUGUGUGUGUCUGUUCGGUUAUAUUUAGUGAUUAUUAUAAUAUUGGGGGGCGUGGGUGUUGUAUUGAAUAACUCUGUACUUUAACUUGUAAAUA